AUGUCAGAGCCUAUUCUGUCGUUCAAAGCUGGACGGGUUGAGCUCAAUGAAGCAGCCAAGAAAGCCACCCCAAUAAAGGGUCAGGGUCUUAUUAAAGUGUUAAAGAAUCCUGAUGACCCCAUGCUGUACUCCUUUAUUUGGGAGCCCAGAGGAUCUUACAAAUCCACACCAGGUGCAGAAGCGUCGAGAGAUGAGCUACUACUUUUCCCAGGCGAUGCUCAAUGGAUCCAUCUAGAACAGUGUAAAACUGGAAGAGUGUUUGCGUUAAGAUUCCGUAGUUCAAGUGAGAAUUUUGUGUUCUGGAUGCAAUCGCCAGUGGAGCCAGGACAAGAUGUUAAUGCAUUGACUGAACAAGAUAAGAAAAUCAUGGAUGAAUUUCACAAGCUACUAGACAAAGAAAUCUUGGACGAUGAAGAUAUUGCUGAAAAUGAAACCGAAGAUGCAGCUCCAGCGGCCCCAAAUCCACCAGCUGCCAACGAAGAUAUUGAGCUGCCAGAUGCUGAUUCUCAUUAG